UGUCAGCUGUCAGUGUUUGUUAUGGCAGUGAAGCAAACUUUGGAGGUUAUUAUUUAGUUUUACCAUUGAAUGUAAUAGGAAAAAGAAAAUACACAUUUUAUCAAUGGCGAACACUUUAUAUCGCCCGUUGCUGCAAACUCUUACAAUCCACUCAGCAACAUUUAGAUUUGCCCGUUAUUAUGGUAAGUGGAUGCACAGAAAUCCUGCAAAAGUAAUAUUGCCGUUUGAACCAAAAGAUAAUGUUCAAUUGCGAAAGGAAAAAGUCAUUGAGUUGGAUUCAGAUUUUUUUAAAAAGACACCAAAAAAAGAAACGAUUCAGAAAUCCAUUGCAGAGACCUCGGAAGAAUCUUUACAAAAUAAAGUCAACUUCAAAGAAGUUAAAGAUAAAAAAGAGACGUUAUUGAAAAAAAGAUUGUUUUAUCUAAGCCAGAAAAAGGUAUUUGAUGAUAAAAAUGAAAUAAUAUAUGAGAAGCUAAAGGAUAAUGAUUCUAAAAUAAGCUCACUCUUUGUGAAAUUAAAAUCUAAAAAGGAAAGGCUGCGCAGUAACCAAAUAAUGGUAGAAGGUUGGCGUAUGAUAGUUGAUGGUUUGGAAGCCAAAUGUAACAUACAAUAUAUUUUAUUCAGUCGUAUUGAAGAUUUAAAUAAUUUAAGGCCAUUUCUGCCAAAAACUGGUGUACAGAUAUAUAAAAUACCAUAUAAGGAAAUGGAACUGUGGUCAGAUGUGGAAACAAGCCCUGGUAUUGUGGGUGUGUUUGAAAUGCCAACACCAGAACAAAUAAGGAGAUUUUCAAAACCUUUACCUCUUCAAUUUCUGUGUGAUAAUAUAAGAGUACCAGGUAACCUGGGUGCCAUACUCCGAGCAGCUGUUGGUGUUGGUUGUGAGAAGGUUUUAUUAAGCAAAGGCUGUGUUGAUAUCUGGGAUUCGAAAGUAAUAAGGAGUGCAGCCGGAGCUCACUUCAGACUUCCUAUAUAUUCUUCAAUAGAUUGGGAGGAAAUGCCACAACAUUUACCUUCUGACACUUCACUCUUUAUUGCUGAUAGCAACACUGACUUUGUCGAAAAUGAAACUGAAGAAACAAGCAAAGUUGGAUCUGAAAUACCGGUGUUGCCAUAUUAUGGGGUCGAUUUUGCCUCAUUAAAUCAUGUUACUCUUAUUAUAGGUGGAGAGACUGAAAGUGUUAGUGAAAUGAGCUAUAGAUUAGGAGUAAACAGUAAUGGUGCUAGAUUGCAUAUACCUCUUCAAAAAGGCGUGGACAGUUUGAACACGGGAAUGGCGGCCGCUGUUAUUGCAUUUGAAAUACGCAAACAACUUACGCAAGCUGCUGCUAAGGCCAAGAGAGACAGACAAGCAGCGAAAUAUUAAAUUUGUUAUAUGGUAAAAAAUGUAUUAAUAAAUUUC